AACAAAAGGAACAAUUGUCAGUAUGCUAAGCAUCCAGGUGCACUCUCCUGGUAAGGUCAUACUACACGGCGAACAUGCCGUAGUUUAUAACAAGCCAGCGUUGGCUGCUGUCGUUGGCCUAGGCACAAAGCUACAGCUGCGCAGUCGGGCCAACAGCAAAGUGGCCAGCUUUCAACUGGAUGCACUCAACUGCACAUUGGAAAUCGAGCUAAGCGAGUUCAAUGACUUUCUGAACAACUUCCGUGGCAAAUAUCCAGGCGAUAAGCUAGAUAGCACGGCCAAGCUAAUGGAGGAAGUACGCGGCGAGGUGGCCAGACAGCUGGAACGCAGCGUGGGCAGUACGCCCAAGCAGCACACGCAACGUGCCUUUGUAUCCAUAUACUAUCUGCUGGCCGGCGCAGUUCUCACAGCACCUCAGCAGCCCAAACUGACACUUGAAACCGGUUUUCAUGUACAAAUCGAUACAGAGUUGAAUGUGGGCGCUGGAUUGGGAAGCUCUGCAUCCUAUGGUGCGGCUUUGGCUGCUGCCUUUCUAAUACUCGCCGGCCACUUUGACCAGUCCAACUAUUUGGAUCAAGAGAACUUGGCUUUGAUCUCACAUUGGGCCUUUGAGUCGGAGCGUGUUAAUCAUGGUACUCCGUCCGGAGUAGAUAAUACGGUUUGCACUUACGGCGGCAUACUCCGCUUUGUUAAAGGUCAAGGCUUUCAGCCGCUGCAAAUACAGAAGCCGCUCAACAUACUGCUCGUUGACAGUCGCGUGAGUCGCAGUACUGCCGAUAUUGUGGCCAAAGUUCGUCAUCUGGCAGAGGAAUUCCCGCAGCUGAUUGAAGCUAUUUGGCAGGCAUGUGAGCAACUAGUGAACUCCGCUGUACCGCUAUACGAGAGCUUCGGCAAUGGCCAGGACGAUAGCCAAAAGUUUGAACAGCUGGAGCGUCUAUUUCAAAUCAAUAAUGAUCUACUCAAGGCAAUUGGCGUCACACAUCCGAAGCUGGAGCAAAUCUUUACCAUUGCUUUCAAACGUGGCUUCUUCUCCAAGUUAACUGGCGCCGGCGCUGGGGGCUAUGCCAUUGUGCUCUUGCCCGAAAACUAUGAGUGCAACGAGGUUUACUGGAAGCUAAAGGAGGAAUUGGAGGCGGCUGGAUUUGGUGUACAUGUUACAACAGCUGGUGGCAUUGGGUUGCGUGUCACUUCCAUUGUGGAUUAAUAUAUUUUACUUAAUCUGUAUAUUAUUAUUAGAUUGUGGCUCUGUUGAUACUUAAAA